AUAAUCCAUUGCGAAAACGAUGAGUUUUGGUGUGGUGCGGCCGUCGUUCACGGUCUCGAGGCGCUUCCUAACGUACUCGAAGGCGCUAUUGGCUCACGUCCAAAUGACGUCAUCAACACCAUCGUCGUCGUCAUCAUCACGGCUACCGUAUUCGUCGAAAGCUCCGGCGGCAGCU